UUAAGUUCCAGCAAAGUAAACAAAGUAAACGUUUUCAACAACAAAAAAUCACCGCCAGUAACCAUCACAGUAUAAAGCGAAAUUUCAUCACAGUCUUGACCUCUACUGAUCAUCUGUUAUCGGUUCCGUUUGCGAACGAUAACGAGACUUCUUAAGCAAAUAGAGCGCGGUGCAGCACAACAAUAUAAUUGUUCAAUUUUUUUUUGUUUUAAAUAAUUUUCAGAAAAAAUGUCCGUGUGUCAAUAUCGUCCAGAGGUUUUAAGUGACAAUAAUAGGCAUCAAGAUGACGAGUAUUGUGAAAUUAAGCUGAUUAAACAUUUGGGACGGUCGUUACCGGAAAUUGGCUCUUUGACGGAUCUGAUUAGGGAGCUAAACGUGAUUUUCGAGAAGGAUAACGUGAACGUUGAUCUGGUGCGUUAUGUGAUGAACAGUUACAAGUCGAACCCGGUGGAGUGGAAGAAGUUUGCUAAAUUUGACCGAUUUAGAUACACAAGAAACCUAGUUGACGAUGGUAACGGGAAAUACAACCUGAUGCUUCUUUGUUGGGGCGAAGGGCAUGGGUCAGGCAUACACGAUCACGCGAACUCUCAUUGUUUCAUGAAAAUCCUACAAGGAUCUCUCGAGGAAAUCAGAUUCGGUUGGCCCAAACAGAGUAAAGGAGAAGAAGAAGAGGAGCUCAAAGAAAUCGGACGGACUAGGCUCAAUUUAAAUGAAGUUUGUUAUAUUAAUGAUUCUUUGGGUCUUCAUAGAGUGGAAAACGUGUCAAGCUACGAUACUGCCAUUAGCCUUCACUUGUAUUGCCCACCAUACGAUCGAUGUUCAGUGUUUAACCAAAGAAAUGGGAAAAAAACAACUUCUACGGUGACGUUUUAUUCUAUGUAUGGCAAAAGAACUAAGAAUAAUGAUGAAGUGCCUGUGCCAGAGGACAACUGACCUGCAUACAGCCAUAUGGUUAAUUUAGUUUGGACUAUAUUAUAUUGCAUACAAAUCAAAUAUUAUACCUAACGAGGAACCUAUCAUCUCCACCCUCUAACUUAAAAUUGUAGAUUUUGAUAUAUGGGUUUUAUAAUACUGAAUAAAGGAUGAACCAAA